AUGGAGACCGUCAAGAACGCCGCCAACUACGUCUCUGAGUCCGUCCAGGGCGGUGGAGCCACUGCCUCCAAGGAAGCCAACAAGGGUGUCGCCAAGGACAACGAUGCCAGCCUCACUAGCCGCGCUUCCGCCGCCAAGGAUGCUGUCAUCGACAAGAAGGACGAGAAGUCCCACGAUGUCAAGGCCGAUGCCAACAAGGAGGCCGCUAAGCACUAA